AUGCGGGAGGGUAAGGAGAACCGCGGCGGAUUGCGAGCGGGCUGGCCCCGGCGGCGAAGUGAGAGCCUGGACGCGAAGGCCGCCUCGUUGGGGGCGGGCGAGAUUGGGGACAAUCUCAGGCGCGGUCGCGGCGAGGGCGACGGGGCGGGGCUGGUGGACUCGUCGCGCAUUGCGGUGCGGCGCUGCCACGAGGCCAUCCAGCUGACCGCCUCCAACUGCCAGAACAACCUGCGCAGCCUGGGCAGCAACCUGAUGUCCCACCCUGCCUUGGAGAGCGCCCAACGCCAGCUGGAGGCCGCGUCGUCCAGGCUGUCGGCGUCCUGGGGCGAGGCGCUACAGCAGAACGUGGGCCAGAAGCUGCGCAGGAACGCCGGCGUCCGCAAUGCCGGUUUUCAGACGGGAUUCCAGCAGCUGGGGGACGUGCUGCAGCAGAGUUUUCCAUGGGAGCGGGUGCAGCAGGCGGCGAGCAGGACCGGCGACAGGUUGAGGGAGCGGGCGGCGCAGCAGGACUUCGCGGCGCUGAGGAGCGGCCUGAGGAGGAACCUGCGGAUGGAGGCGGGGGCGGAGGAGGCCGUGCUGAGGGAGAUCGAGGCGCAGCCGCAGCAGCAGGUUCGACAGCGCAAGCGCAGCGGUGCCUCCAGCCUGCGUGAACCGGGGCGCAGAGUGGCCAUUGUGACGACGGCGUCGCUGCCCUGGCUCACCGGCACUGCCGUUAAUCCGCUGCUGCGAGCCGCGUACUUGGCCCGGGACUCGACCCGCAAGGUGACGCUUGUGGUGCCUUGGCUGUCCAAAUCAGACCAAGCCAAGGUCUUCCCAAGAGACAAGCUAUUCGAGUCACCGGAGGAUCAAGAAACGUACAUCAGGAACUGGACCAAGAAGCGCACGGGUCUUGAUGGGAAUUUCAAGAUCACAUUCUACCCAGGACGAUAUGCCCAAGAGAAGGGGAGUGUGUUGCCUGUUGGAGACGUGACAAGCUACGUCCCUGAUAAAGAGGCUGAUGUGGCCAUCUUGGAGGAGCCUGAGCAUCUGAACUGGUACCAUCAUGGUCAACGAUGGAACAGGAAAUUCAACCAUGUUGUUGGCAUCAUGCACACGAACUACAUUGAUUAUGCUCGCCGUGAGGAGAACGGUGAGGUGAAGGCGAGAAUCUUGCACAGGGUCAACCAGUGGGUGACCAGGAUCCACUGCGACCAGGUUGUGAAGCUGUCCGAUGCAGUGCAGCCUCUGCUGCGCGAAAAGACCAUGUUCGUUCACGGUGUAUCUCCUGCCUUCAUCAAAGUUGGCAAGAACAAGGCCCAGCAGGCCCUGGCAGCGACUGACCCUGGGGCGUCCGUCUUCCCCAAAGGCAUGUAUUUCCUUGGCAAGAUGGUGUGGGGCAAGGGCUACACUGAGCUCCUGGACCUCCUUGCCAGCCACAGCCAGAGGAGGGGCAAGAAUUUGCAUGUGGACGUGUUUGGCAGUGGCAUAGAUGUGCAGGCUGUGAUGGAGCAUGCGGAGCAGAACCACCUGGACGUGAUGUUCCAUCAAGGCAGGGACCAUGCCGACCCAGUGCUGCAGGAUUAUAAGGUGUUUGUCAAUCCUAGCCUGAGCGAUGUGGUGGCAACAACCACGGCUGAGGCGUUGGCCAUGGGCAAGUUUGUUGUGUGCGCUGACCACCCCGCGAACAAGUUCUUCUCACGGUUCCCCAACUGCCUGAUCUAUCGCAACCCUGAGGAAUUCUCCCAGCAAGUGGAGAAGGCGCUGAGUCAGAACCCAGUGCCGCUAUCAGAAGAAGACCAGAGGAACCUGACAUGGGAGGCUGCGACAGAGAGGCUCCUGGACGUCACUGAGAUGGGCCAGGGCGAUCAAGCACGUGGCGUGGAAGCGCUAGUGGACAACGUGUGCUGGGCCGCACACAAUUCCCUGACGAGCGUAGAGCCGCUGAGGAUCGUGGCUGGGGCAGGUGCAAACACACGGGACAACCCACAGAGAGUGGAGGACUUUGUGCCAUCGGAUUCGGCUGCCUUGGGCUUCUUUGACAACAAGAAGAGGGCUAAGCAGACGCAGCAGUGA